AUGGCUGCAGCCGCCGCGCCGCAGCCGGGCUCGCCGAGGCAGCAGCGGCCCCCCCCGGCUGUCACACGGCAGGAUCGGCGCUGCCCCCGCGGGAAGGGGCCGCUCCCCGGCGGGGGCUGCGAGCCGAGCGGCUGCUGCGCUGCCCUCCCCGCCUGCCCCGGCCCGGGAGGCGGAAAGCGGCGGCGCACGGGGGAGCGCAGCGCUCCCCGCCCGUGGCUCCUUCCCGCGGGUGCAAAGUCCCGCGUCCGUCCGCCCUUCAGCGCGGGGCUGCCGGGAGGAGCGGUGAGCUCGGGAGAAGGCGAUCCGACUGCGCGGGAGGAGAUGCGACUGCUGCCCGCUCAGGUCCUCUGCUUGUUGCAAUUCAAUUCAGUAAACAGACAGAAGAGUAACAGAAAGUGGGGAACUUUCUGUUCAGCGAGUAAGCAGAGCUGUGCAGACGUCUGCAGGGUGCAAUGAGCGCCAGAGCUGACAGCAAGGUAGAACGGGCCCUGGCAGCUGGAAACAGGAACAAAAGCAGAGGAAGAGGGAGAAGAAGCUGUCCUCAUGCAGUGACAAAGUGUAGUGACAGGGCGCUGGUGGAACUGCAGCCUGAAAUCCAUAUCCUUCCCUGUGCAGUUUUGUAACCUGCAAAAUGCGGGCCAGUACAAAUUCCUGUAGUGGAUUAUUUAAUGAUUAUAGAAUUUCAUGUUGGCCUUUGCACACUGAUAUCCCAUUUGUAAUUUGUUCCACAUGUUCACACUGAAAUUUCUUACAGUUACAGUUAUCUUCAGAGGAGGGAAUUGCCUAUCAGUCACUCCAAGCCUGCUGUCCCCCAGAAAAGGGUAAUGACAUAACCUUGAAGGGUCAUGUUGCAGGCAAGAGCCAGUAAAAAGCCACACAAAAUAACCAGGUGGGAUGUUUGCAACUUGUUUUUAAUCUACAGACUGCUAUAGAACAUAAGGUCUAAGAAAAAAGUAGGUUGUGUUGACCCUUCCUCCCAAGGGAGAGGUCAUGAAGACUAAAAUGCUCCUCUAAGAGGUGGAAACUCUACAGCAUGUGUAGAGUUUGAAAUCCUAACAGCACGAGAGAGAGGCAUCCCUCUGAGACAAUCUCUGGCAAGUAGUAAAAAUUUUUUUUUUUCAGAUAUGGGAUCGGUUUUAGAAGUUGGUGCCUAUUUCAGAUAUGAAUACCUGAGUUUUACUUUAGCAUGGCUGAAUUUAAAUGAGAUGGAGAUAGCUAGCCACCAAUAAGGCAUUCCUCAGCCAAAAGCAGGACAGAUCUUUGAGCUGGAGCCCUGGGACACUUCAAAACUCAUCCUCCAUGACAUCAAGAGAGUCCCAAAGGCUGCAUAGGUCUGCUAGAGGGUUGGUAUCACAGGUGUGAGGGGUAGCCCAAGGGACUUUUGAUGACAUUAGAGGCUCUCUGGCAUGCAGGGAGGUAUAAGGCAGUACACUUGAACCACCAAGGUCACAACGCUCUGUGGAAGCUCAUGCAUGAAUAGGCACAUUGUAUUAGAGUACUGGGUUUAGAAAACAUGUUAGUAGUUGUAUAAACUUUCUUAUCUCAUUUAGUAAAUGCCCAAGUGGGGAAACACUAGAUGUUUACAUAAUGAAAUAUGAAUAUUGCUUUCACUGUUUUGAAGA